ACACGGGAGGGACACGGGAUACAGCCGCACCGCCCCCCAGGGCACGGCAGGGCGCUCGGCGGCCGCUGCAGGGCCCGCUGUGCGCGGCGGCCGCCGGUGAGGGGGCACGGCCCCGGCGGGGCCCGCACGGGGAUCCGGCUGUGCCGGGAAGGGCCCUGGAAAGGAGUCCCCGGAGCCGCUGGUGGCCGGGAGCGGCUGCGGGAGCCCGGGGCUGCCCUGGGGCCGGGCCGUGCCCCGACCGGGCCGCUCUCCCGGAGGGGCUGCUGCAGCCCGGCGGCGCUCGGGGCAGGCUCGCUGGCCUUAACGGGGAAUUUCCCUUCGCUGCAGGCGCUCCCCGGUGGAUCUGGAGCUGCUGCCCCGGUGACCGAGGUGUCGGAGAUGGGCCGGCGCUCCUCGGACACGGAGGAGGAGGGCAGGAGCAGGAGGAAGAAGAAGCACCGGCGGCGCUCCUCCUCCAGCAGCUCCUCGGACAGCCGCGCCUACAGCCGCAAAAAGUCGGGCAGGAAAUCCAGGUCCAGGUCGCGCUCUCGGGACCUCCCGUCCUGGUCCCAUUCCUAUGAGAAAAGGCGCAGACACAGAUCCAGCAGCAGCUCUUCCUACGGCUCCAGGAGGAAGCGCAGCCGCUCCCGGGGCAGAGGCAAAUCCUACAGGUCCCAAAGGUCCAGGUCCAAGAGCAGGACCAGGAGGUCGCGCCAGCGCUCGUACAGCCGCAGCAGCGAGAGGUCCGGCCACAGGAGAACCCCCAGCGGCUCCCGGGAGCGCCGCAGGGCCAGGGACAGGGCCAAGGACAAGGACAAGGGCAAAGGGAAGGACAAGGAGAGCCACGGCACCAAGGCUGGGGACUCUGCAAACAUCAAAGCUGGAUUAGAACAUCUGACUCCUGCUGAACAGGCCAAAGCCAGGCUGCAGCUGGUGCUGGAGGCAGCUGCCAAAGCUGACGAAGCGUUGAAGGCCAAGGAGAGAAGUGAAGAAGAAGCCAAGAGGAAGAAGGAAGAAGACCAAGCCACCCUCCUGGACCAGGUGAAGCGAGUGAAGGAGAUCGAGGCCAUCGAGAGCGACGCCUUCGUCCCACAGACCUUCAGGUCCAGCAAAGAAGUCAAAAAGUCAGCAGAACCUGCUGAGCCCCAGCAGGAGCCUGUGAAUGUGGGAGCAGGAGCCCCUGAGGCAGCUGCUGCUGAGAAGGAGCCUCCAGCUGCCAGCAUUCCCACUGCCAUCAAGUACCAGGAUGACAAUUCCUUAGCACAUCCAAAUCUGUUCAUGGAGAAGGCAGAGGCUGAGCACAGGUGGUUCCAGAGGCUGGUUGCUCUGCGCCAGGAGCGGCUGAUGGGGAGCCCCGUGGCCUGACAGCUCCCAGGGCCAGCCCUGCCCCUGCAGCUCCCACUGCCAGCUCUGCUUGUCUCUCAGAGAUUGGAGUGAGCUGGGCAGGCAGGGAGGGUUUCACCUGGAUAACCAGGAAUCUUCUGUCCUGCUCCACCUGGAGAAUCAAGAAUGGCCUGCCCUGCUCUGCCUGGAUAACUGGGAAUGUUCUCUCCUGGUUCCCCUGAAUAACCAGGAGUGUUCUGUUCUGGUUCCUCUGAAUAACCAGGAGUGUUCUGUCCUGGUUCCUCUGAAUAACCAGGAGUGUUCUGUCCUGGUUCCCCUGGAUAACCAGGAGUGUUCUGCUUUGAUUCCUCUGAAUAACCAGGAAUGUCCUGCCUUGCUCUGCCUGGAUAACUGGGAACGUUCUGUCCUGGUUCCUCUGAAUAACCAGAAAUGUUGUCUCCUGGUUCCCCUGGAUAACCAGGAAUGUUCUGUCCUGGUUCCCCUGGCUAACCAGGGAUGUGCUGCCCUGCUCCCCCUGGCUAACCAGGAAUGUUCUCUCUUGCUCCCCCUGGAUAACCACGAAUGUUCUCUCCUGGUUCCCCUGGAUAACCAGGGAUGUGCUGGCCUGGUUCUCCCCAGGCUCAGUGCUGGAGAUGGGCAGGGCAGCACAGCCAGAGGCAUUUCCUUUUUUUGGAGGGAAUUCCUCAGGUGAAGAGCACCUGGAAACACAUGAAAUAUCAUUUUAUCUCUCCCAAUCCAGAAAAUUGUGUAGAGCCAGGUAGGAGCUGGGAGGUGAGUGGGAACUGAGCCUGGGGGCUGGGACAGUGAGGAGCCAUCCCAGGCCACCCCAUGUCCUGCAGCUGGAGAGGAUCCAGGAUCCAUCCCUUUAUUCCUUCCUGCUGUGCAACCCUGAACAUCUGGGCAGGGAAUCCUCUCCCUGGAUGUGCUCAUCCCUCUGCUCCCACUGCCCCACUCUGGUGGAAAAUGCUCCACGUUUCCUUGAGCAUCUGCCACUACUGCACCUCCAAGUGGGGAAUUGUAUCAGCCUCAUCACCUCUGUAAUUGCCAAAUGAUGGAAUGACCACACACCUGCUUCUGGGCAGUGCCUGUUCCCAGCCCGUGGAGCUCCCUUGGCCCAGCUGGGACUCUCAAAUAAUCAAAGUUUAGUCUGAACAUCUGAAUUUAGCCUGGAUGAGCUUCCACAAAAAUCUGCCCAUCAUCCAUCUAAGUGCAGGAAAUCAACCAAGUCAAAUCAAUAAAACACAAAAGUGUUUCUUCAGCAAAGCUGGGGGGAAAUGUCACAUCAGGAGAGGGGAAAACUGAGCCCACCCCUGGCUGUGCUCCCUGGAGCUGCCCUGCAUCAGCAUUCCCCUGGGAAGCUGCUUCUUGGGGUUGUUCUCCUGCUUCUCAGAUCUGUGGUGAUAAAAAGUGGAGGCUGACUCUGCAAAUGGACUUGGGUUGUUUUAUUUUUUAUUUUAGAUCCUGGGUGGAAAAGGAAAAUGUAUUGAAUUUGCAUUCUGACACAUUUUUACUUCCUUGAUGAAGUGUUAGUUUGACUUUGUCCUGCAUCAAGAUAUUCCAAGACCUUGUCUGCAGGAGAAAGUGGGAAAAAUUUUGUUUCCCUUGUUUCAUUUCAGCAUUUUAAAUGGUAAUAUUUGUCAUUGCUGCAUUUUAUCGUAACUUUUAUGUUUCUUUCAUAGAAAAUAAAAACUGUUUGAUGUCCAUGGAA